UCAGCUGGGAGGAAGGGGCUUUGCCCCUUGGGACUGGGAGAGUCUUGGAAGACAAAAGGGCUUGACGCCUUUAUCCUUACAAGUGUGAGGCUCAGAGCUUCAGCCCUACGGGGUACCUUCUGAUAGUAUUCAGUGCAUCAAGCAGUCCUGACAGCUUGUGGCUGCUCGAGUUUAGAACCACUGCUAUGGAAUCUAGCACAGUGAGGGCCCAGUCCACAACUGGGUCGCCUGAGUGCUAUGGUAAUACAAAUUAAUAAUAAAGUGGAUUCUACUCAACUUUUUAUCAGUCAGUGGUGCAUAAUGGAGAACUAUAAGAAAUCCAAGAUUGUGGAGAAGCCCUUUCCCAUUCCGUUCACCAACCUGCCUUCAGAUAUUAUCGAGAUGAAGGUGAAGGAUGGCAGCAAAAUCAGAAAUCUUAUGGGUUAUGCCAUCGGCAAGAUGGAGUCGGACUCGGUUAGGCAGAUCCUCUUCACUGGCUCUGGCAAAGCUGUCAGCAAGACUAUCACUUGUGUGGAAAUCAUGAAGCGAAGGCUCAAGGAACUUCACCAAAUCACCAAAGUGCUCUUCAAACAGACUGAAGAGAUCUGGGAGCCCAUUGUCCCUGAGGCAGGUCUAGAUGCCUUGACAGUGAAGAGAAAUAUUCCUGCCAUUUGUGUCCUGCUGAGCAAAGAUGCACUAGAUCCCCAGGAGCCUGGCUAUCAGGCCCCAGGCUCUUUUGAUGCCUUCUGGAUCGAAACACUCAAAGCUGAGUCUCAAGCACAAACUAAAAGAAAGCAGGGUGGAGGAAGGGGGGCUGGCCACACAGGAAAGCAUCCAAGAUCUAUUGGAGGACGUGGCGAAUUGUACAAAAAGCCUUGAGACGGAGACGUAUCCAAAGCCAUUUUUAAUGGCAUCAGGAGUAAAAAACAAGCCUGCUCAACUGUUGCCACCAAAUAGUGACUGAACUCCUUAGCAGAGGAGAGCUGAAACCUAGCACAAGUGGGAGAGGGAAAAGGGGCAUGUGGAAACAGGGCCAUAGCGUGGCAAAUACAUUCCUCUCAUAACAAGUCUGGAGUCUGUCUUGACAAGUCGUCUUGCUGAAGACCUGCAUGGUGAUUACUCUGCUGCGUGUGGCUUAAUAGUGAAAGAAAGUAGCCCAGAAUUGCCCAAACUCUGCUUAAUGAAGAAUAGGGAAUUUGCCAGGAGUCCUGAGGCCAAAACAAAUGUGCAUUAAAUGGAGCUGAUUUCAGCUGCCCUGGAUGCUACUUGGAAGAUGGAACUGGGCCAUGCAUCUGUGUUAGAGAUGAAAGGGUGGAAGGCUAUGGGAUAGAACUCUGAGUUGAGGAUGUUUUUGGCUUUCCCAAUUGCAAUGGCAUUUUAUUAGACUGGACCUCCUAACAGAGCCUUUAGGCUCUGUUUCCCUUUUUUGGCUAUGUUUUGCUGAUCCCUGGAUCUCAGCUCUGGCAGUGACUGAAUGGGGAACGUUGGGCACCACAGGGAUUUUGUGCGGAUAUACUAAUUGGUAGAAAUCACACUGACAGAGCUCUGUGUAAGUGUUCGGCACAGUUGUUCAUAGUGAAUGCCAACACUA